UAAGAAAUAAAAAAAAAAGAAAGAAAGAAAGAAAGAAAAAAGGGAAAGGAAACGAUGUUUCAUUUCAAAAGACUAAGACAAAUAUCAUCUUUUUACUCCAGCAAUUAAUCAGAAUUGAAAUCAAUUAACGCUUGUUUCUCUCUCUCUCUCUCUCUCGUUGUUAGUUGAAGUUAGGAAGCUCGGAGGCAGUGGCAACGACAUUGUCAUCUUCGUUCUCGUCAGUCGUUGCAGCGUUGAAAAUGAUUGCGGCAUAGAGUGUGGAGGGACAAAAGGAAGAAGCGCGCCGAGGUUCUGAGUCAGCUCGUUAAAGAGAACUGUACAGGAGGAUCAGAAGUUAAGGCGUGUAAAAUAGCAGAAAGAGAGAGAGAGAGAGAAAGAGAAAGAGAGAGAAGAGAGAGAGAAAUAGAAAGAGAGAGGGAAAGAAAGAGAGAGAGAGAGAGAGAGAGAGAGAGAGAGAGAGAGAGAAAGAGUCUUUGCGGGAGUCUAAGCUCCCGCAUUUGUAGACAUCGCCCAUCGAAUUUCAACGAUAUAUGUAUAUGUUAGUUCUACGUAAAUGUAAGCCGAAAGGAGACACGCAAAGUGAGUUUCUUUCCAUUCGAAGUGAGAGGUAGUAACGAUUGAAAAUGAGUAUUCGUGACAAGUAUCAAUAUUAGUUGUGUUCGAGAACGUAUCAAACGUAUUCACCAGUGAUACCAGUUAAAUUCAAUUUAUCCAUCAUCGAGAAUGACAUUAAUCGUGACGAGUUUGAUAAAAAUAAUAUUCUCUUAUGAUAUUAUGACAAUAAUAUGAAAUAUUAAAUAUUUUAUUCUUCGUAAAUGCAUAGUGAUUUCGAAAGAAUUAUGACGAAGUUAAUUAAACAUCGUGCAAAGUGAAUAACUUAUGUUAAAAACGAUAUACUACACUAUAUUAGUGUAUACUCGAUUGUUUGAUCCAAGACGAUGCUUAUAGACGUAAUGAUUAUAUUCAUCGAAUAGAAUCUCGAUGUGUAAUCGUUUGGACAAAAAUCAACGUCGUUAAAAAGUGGAAACAAUAACAAUACUUUACGUUCCACGAGUAGACAACGCGUAAAAGAAAAAUGGGCCUUGACGCAGAACUCACUGUUAUACUUCAUGAGAUCGUACAAUUUCUCGAAUUUCUUCGAGAAGCAAAUUUAUCGGGUACAAUGGAGACCAUACGAGAGAAUUUAUUGUUACGAUCUAAAAACGCCUUGAGUGUUCUUACGGGAACCGAAAGUACAGCAUCGUCAACUGAACAUUAUCUCCAUAUGAAUGCUAGCUCGAAAGGUUUGUUACCCAUGAAUAUUGGAGAAAUAAAUGUAUCCGACGUGCAAGAGUACGUCGGUAAGGAGGAAACGAUAUCUCAAAGUCAAAACCGUCCUAUAUCCCAAAUACAUUAUGAUUAUUACGAAACAUUCCGAUUGAUGACCGAGGAUGAUAAAAAAAAAGAACUUGGAGAAUAUCAAGAGAACGCGCUCAUUAAUAUUUAUUCCAAUUUAUCUGGUGCACAGGCGAAAAGCAAAUCUUUAAAAUGUGGACCAUUAUUCCGCAAGGAAGGCAAAAAAUUAUUUGUUUUUGAACAAUAUCGAAUCAAUUGGGUCGCAUUGGUAGGAAGUCAUUUGUUGAUCUACGGAAACGAACGAAGUAAUAAGCCUUACAGUAUUCAAGGAAUUCGCGGUUAUUCUGGUCGACCAGCGCCUAAUAUUGUUCCACGUGAUCAAAAAAGAAGCGAGGCAGCAUUUGAAAUUUUCAAACCUGGUAAUAAAACAUUACAAUUUAUCGCAAGAACGCCAAAAGAUAUGGAACAAUGGGUUGCCAUGGUUUGUCAAGUUGGUUCUAACGAGAUCAAACUUGAUCUUGGACUUAAUACAAAAGAAGAUGUAUCUUUGGUAUCUUCCUCUGGAAUAGUUAAUGAAACGGACGAGAUUAUUGCAAAAGAUCGUCUCGUAGAUUCAACGAAAUUACAAACGACCUUCUUGAACAUUAACGAGAAUAAGACCAUUGAACCUGAUCAUGAAAGCAAAGUUCAAACGAGUGAGAAUACGAGUCCUCCUCCGUUACCAAUUCGUAUAUCACGAAAACUUCCAUCGUUACCUCCGAGUAAUAUAAUUUCGUCAUAUGAGAUGAUGGACGACGAAGAUGAUAUUUAUCACAAAAUAGAAGAUCUCGGUGAUGGUACGUGUUAUCAGAAUUUAGUGUCGAAGAAUCAAAAAGAGACGACAAUUGUUGAAAAAUCGAAGAAAAUCACUGCUGCUUACGAUGACGUCCAAACGAUUCUAGGAAAAAAUCGUAAACAUACGAAAUCUAAAUCGAAAGAAGAGAAUGUAUCCAAUACGAUGGAAAAUGAAAUGAUACGUUUUGAUGAAACUUACGACGAUAUAAGCAGCUCCUCCGUUAUAAAAGAGAAAAAGAAUUGUGAAUCUCUUCAAGAAAAUGUCAUCAACUUUAAUGAAUCACAGACACCAACCUCAUUGGUAUCAUAUGAUGACGUUGAGACCCUGAUAAAUACUCCAUCGCCUGGUAAUAAGGCGAAGGAUAAAAAUGAAGAAGUACAAAAAAAAACACCGAAUAAAAAAUCAUUUUUGGAUAGAAUGAGAAAUAAGAAAGAAUCGCCACAAAAAAAAGAGAAGAUAAUAGUCGCUCAACGAGAAACAUUGACGCCGCCUUCGCAAAUUAUUCAGGAAAAGGAAAUGACUACGUACGACGAUGUCUCUGAUUUGAUUAUUAAAGAAACGUCCACGUCCAAUGAAAUGCCCGAAUAUACUUGUCCGCCAGCACCGAGACCUGUAUAUAAGCCACCGAGACCUGCAUAUAAGCCAUCAACAAUAAUCUUGCCUGUUCAAGAAGAAUUUUAUGAUGAUGUUAACGGAUGUCAUGAGAAAAAAAAUCAACAAAUGCAAUCUGAUAUUCAAAAGCUUGAGAAAAGGAUAUCGAACGACUGUGAACAUUAUAAGUUACCGAGAAACAAUACGUGGCAACAAGUUGAAUCAUCUCAAACGGAAGAACAAAUUUAUGACGACGUAGCUAUUUUAGCAAAUUUCACGGCACGUCAGAAAGAAAUAUCAGAGGAGAACAAGGAUCAAGAUCUUUCGAGAACAUCUAUUAGUCCAGAUAAAAGGUCAUGGAAUAGAUUUGUAACUAGCAGAAAGCAUAGAUCAAGUGAUUCCAUCGGUUCUGUAACAAAUAAGAGAGUAUCUAACGAGAUUACAGAUCUUGAUUGUUAUGAAGAGCAACAGAAUUUUUCUCGGAAGAAUACGUUUCAGAAAUUAAUUAAUAAAAUGGAGAAUUCAUUUGGUAAAGUAUCUCCGACAAGAGCAGUACCAACGACAUCCAUGAACAAAACUUAUGGAUUAAAUACAUCGUCCUGAGAUGUAAAUGAUUGGAACAGACUAUAAUAUGUUGAUAUUAUAUACGAAAUUUUAUUUCUUUCCCUGUUCGUACAUCUCUAAAAAAUAAUCCAUAUAUACCAUGUAGAUAUUAUACUUACAACAGUAAAAAUACCUAUGAUUUGAUAUAAUAUGAAAAAAGAAAAAAAAUUACAAUAACACUGAAUGUGCAUUAUUUUAUAAAAAAUAAAUCAUAUAAUAGUUAAAAUGUAAUAUAUCAAAAGUGUUAUGUGCCAUUCUACUGAUAAGUGGUGAAUCAUGAGUUAAAAUAAAUUUAAGAAAAAUAAUGUAUAAUAAAAUACAUCCUGUCUGAGAUAUAUCUGAUGUCACGCACAGGUUAAUGAUAUUACAAACAAAGGCUACAAUAUAUAUUGUUAUAGAUAAUAUUAGAUAAUAUCUGUUAAAUUGUAACCAUUGUAAAUAUCAUUUAUAGUCUUACAAGCAUGAUUCAUCCAUUUCAUUAAAAUCUGGCUUUUAUUUUGUAAUAAUUCUGUGCCAUACCUUUGAUAAGUUUUCAGAAAUAUACCUGUGUGCUUUUCUAU